AAAAUUAUGAAGUUCAAGUGGGCUCUAAAGACUUCAAUCCGGAAUCAUAUUAUUGCCAACCGCUACACCACUAUGGACAGCUUAGUUGAUAGUGCCAGGGACCAGGAGCUUCAUCAGGCUGAUUUUCGUAAACAAAAGGACAUGCAGGGUCAGAAGAGGAAGAGAGAUGAUGAUCUGCCCAAAUUCCAGAAUAAUGGUGGAUCUUCGGGCGGAUUUAGACAGAACAAUCAGAGGUACAACACCCGCAGCUUUCAGCAGAAAAAUGGGAAUCAGGGGAAUCAACAAAACAGGUCAGGCAAUCAAUCUGGGAGUCAGUCAGGCGGUCAAACUGGUCAGAAUGGAGGAAGGUCUGCUUGUGCACACUGUGGGAAAAUGCACAGUGGUGUUUGUCACUGGAUUUCUAGAGCAUGUUUCAAUUGUGGCCGUCAAGGCCAUACUAUCAAGGACUGCAAGGCACCAUUAAAGAAGUCUGGGGACCAGAAUAAUAAUACUGGGAAGAAUGAGCAGAAAAGUUCUGGACGCGUGUUUUCUCUCACUGCAAAGGAUGCGGCUAACUCUUCAGGUAAUCAGGGGUAGCGGGGAGAGUGAUGAGUGACACCCACUCUAGUUGAUUUCCUUGUUAGGGGCUAAUGAGACUUUAGAGCUUAUAUUUAUAUUGUUUUAAGACUUUGUUGGAUUUAUCAUUAUGGAGUUCAGACUUUAUUAUCCCUAUUGAUAUUUUGUUUGUUAAAUCAUUAUAUUAUUUCCGAAUAAAUUUAGAAUCAUUUAA